AUGAUUGCAAUGGUGUUGAUCAAUCUUCUGGUUUAUGCAUCAUCCCCCCAAGCCAUUAUUCUGAAAGCCGUUCUUUGGGGCGGGGGUCUGGGCAUCUUAAUACUCUGCGAAGACAUUAUCAAGUGGAACGUCAAUCUUGCACGUGUCCCUUCCCACAAACUACACCGCGCUGGAAAUACCAUUAUCAGCAUCGGAAAAUGGAAAAAACUCACCUUGUUAAGAGCGAAGGGACACGCAAGUGAUAGCGAAGGAGGGCUGCUAGAGAUAACCUCCAAGGCCUCUAAGUUAGCAAGGCCAAAGUCCGUUAGUCAAAAAUCUUUUUACGCCUCUCUCACCCACGAGCAAGCUAGGAAGCGGAAACUUGCACAUUCUCUAUGGGUAUAUGAUAGCGUUGUGUGCGUCAUAGUGGCGCUAUGCCCCGAUAUUGGGAAAUACGCCUUAGAUGGCGUCAACCUGUUUCUCUGGGCCCUAGGAUAUUUUCUCUGCGGUCAGAGCUGGUAUCAAAAUCUAGUGGACAUGAUAGCUUGGGGUACAGGAUACUGCGUCACCGAAGAAGCUACGUCUGCGGCCAAUCUCCAUUUGCUUAUAACGGGAUACUGGCUCGUGGUCUUAGCCAUGGGAAUUAGUUUGGUAACUGCUAUCUUGGCACAUAUCCAAGUAUAUACUAGGAGAAAAGUUUUUGAUGGAAUGGUUGUAAUCAUGUUUCUUAUCCCGGGGGUUCUAGAUCCAGCAUUCGCAUAUCUUGGGCUAGGUCUGACACUCGCGGUUUUCCUACUACUUGACAGUCAGAGCGGGGCAGCUACCGCCAUUCAGUGGAAAAAUUGCCAUAUUUUUGCAGCCCUUUGUUGACGGAAGAGAUCUCAAAGGCCCAGUAAUUGUUUCGCACGUUUUCUUGCUCCUUGGGUGUGCUAUUGGAUGGUGGUUAACACUUGCUUCCACGGACACCGAGGGGGGUGAUGCUUGGGAUUGGUCAGGCAGGCAGAUUGACUUGGGCUUCGUCAGUGGGGUAGUUUGGGUUGGGCUUGGCGAUGCAACUGCGUCGCUAAUCAGAAGGAGAUUUGGAAGAACCAAAUGGGGCUGGAGAGGGGGAAAAAGUAUUGAAGGAAGCCUCACAUUCACUCUUGUUGUUAUGACUGGGUUGGGCGUGGGCAGGUGGUGGGUGGGCACAGAAACUCAGAUGUGGCCCCCCGUAGUCUGGGUCAGGAUUGCAACAAGUGGGGCUUUGGGGGAGCAUGGUAGAAACGGUGGUUACCAGUGUUAA